CAGCAGCAGCAGCAGCAGCUUCAAGCUGAAUUUACAUUUGCCAGAUAUAGACGUGCAGCAGCUGCGCUCGCAUUUAGACGUGUUUUCAUUUGCAGUUUCGAUGUGCCUUCUCUUGUUGCUUGCCAGUUUGCCGCUAAACAACUGUUGAAAAAUAAACAAUAACAAAAGGCGGUUGGACAGUUGUAACUAAAGUGCGCCUGCUGGCAGGCAAUUGUUUUUUUUUUGUUGUGUUUGCUUUUUGUUGCUUGUUAGUUAUUUAGUGAAAAUGCUUUGAUGCUGCAUAAAAUGCGAAGGGAUGGAUUUCGCGAACCGCAAUAAUACGGCCAACAAGUUCGUCUGUCCAAGUGACAGGCAACUGGCCUUGCGUGCCAAAUUGAAAGCCGGCUGGAGCAGCUCGAAGAGCAAUGAACCCUUGCGGCCGGAGGAGCAGGAGGCCAUCAUAUCGGUAAUUCGGCGCAAUGAGGAGAUUGAGAUAGCCGAGCGCCAGCGCGUGGGACGUCUGGUGGAGCGCGUCGAGAAGAUUAAGCUGCACGCUGUGGAGCGUGGGCCCAACUGUUGCCGCCUCUGUGGCGACACUUUUGGGCUGCUGCGCCCGCAGCGCCUCAUCUGCGAGGAUUGCCGCAAGUCCGUCUGCGCCAAGUGCAGCGUGGACAUCAAUAUACGUUAUCACAAUAGCGAGCGCACGCGUGAGAUUUGGCUCUGUCGCAUUUGCUCGGAGACGCGCGAGAUGUGGAAGAAGUCGGGCGCUUGGUUCUUCAAGGGAUUGCCCAACUACGAUAUGCCGCGCAGUGCCAGCGCCACGCCCACGGCAACGCCGACAGUGGGCGGCAGUCGUGUGGUGCAGAGCUGCCAUGGCACGCCCACGCGUGCGCCACGCCUCAAGAAGCUUACCAUACGCGUCCAGGACAGCAGCAGCGGCAGCAGCGACAGCGCCCAGUCCGAGCCGGAGGAUGAGCUGGAUGGUGCCAAGGCCAAGACUGGCUGCAAGCUGCAGCGCGAUGAGAGCUUCCGUCUGCGCGCCUACGGCUCCAUACGCAGCUUCAUAGACAAUGGGGAGCGCAAGCUUUCCAACUCCUUCUUCUUCAGUCGCCAGGCUGCCAACAGUCGCCCGAACACGGCGACGGCGACGACGACGACGGCGCUGGCGGCAGCGGAGUGCGGCGAUUUCGACAGCAUCAGCAUGUCGAAUGCUUCGACAGUGGCGCAACUGCGUCGCGAGAGCAGCUUCAUGCGUCGCAGCUCGGUUAGCUCUUCCUGGUCGUUUAGCGACAGCUCCGGCUCCAAUAAUUCGGCCACACAGCAAUCCCAAUCCCAAUCCCAGUCGCAAUCGCAGCCCGCCCAUUGUCGCGAUCCACUGCUGGGUUGGCUGGAGCUGGCCAUUAGCUAUCGCGAGAGCUUCCACAGUCUGGACUGCACCAUGGUGCGUGCUCGAGAUCUGCCCGCCAUGGAUGCCGCCGGCCUGGCAGAUCCGUACUGCAAGCUCAACAUCAUUACGCCCGAGGCGCACACCAAGUACACGCGCUGGCAACGCACCAAGACCGUGCACAAGACACGCAAUCCGGACUUUAAUGAAACGCUGCAGUUCGUCGGCGUGGAGCCCGAGGAGCUGGGCAACUCGCUGCUCUAUGUGGCGCUCUUCGAUGACGAUAAGUAUGGGCAUGAUUUUCUGGGCGCCGCCAAGGUUUGCCUCUCCACGGUGCACAGCACAACGCAAUAUCGCAUCUCGGUGCCGCUGGGUGUGGAGGAUCAGUACAGCAGCGAGGCGGAGUUGUCGCAGAAUUGGCCCAAUGGCAAGAUGCUCAUCUCGCUUUGCUACAAUACGAAGCGGCGUGCGCUGGUGGUGAAUGUGAAGCAGUGCAUCAAUCUGCUGCCCAUGGACAACAACGGCAGCUCCGAUCCGUUUGUUAAAUUACAACUGAAGCCGGAUGCGCACAAGAAUAAGAAGCACAAGACGAGCGUCAAGUGGCGCACACUGAAUCCCAUAUUCAAUGAGGAGUUCUACUUUGAGGCCAGUCCGCAUGAUCUCAACAAGGAGAUGUUGAUUGUCACCGUGUGGGAUAAGGAUCUGGGCAAGAGCAACGAUUUCCUCGGCAGCCUGCAGCUGGGCGCCCAAAGCAAGGGCGAGCGACUGCAGCAGUGGCUCGACUGCAUCCGCCUGCCGGAUCACUUCCAUGAGAAAUGGCAUGCACUGGCUCCAGACAAUCCAACGCAUUAGCCUUGCACCAACCUCUCGCGUCCGCUACAACAUAUAAAUAUACAUAAAUU